AUGCAUCUAGACCGCCAUCUGCCUUAUUUUCUACGUGGACGAGUUGUUACUGGCUUUGGACGAGGUGGCAAACAGCUAGGAUGCCCGACAGCAAAUAUUGAAGAGGCGGUGGUGGAAACCUUACCCGCUGAAUUUCCUUGCGGGGUGUUUUACGGACUGGCGCGGAUCGAGGGUGAACAGGUCGACAAGAUGGUGAUGAGCAUCGGCUGGAAUCCACACUAUAAAAAUGAAAAGAAAACCUUGGAAGUACAUCUACUGCGGCAGUUCGAAAACGAUUUUUAUGACUCAAUGAUGGAUGUGCUCAUACUUGGCUUUAUUCGUCCAAUGACUGCCUUCAAUAGCUUAGAUGAGCUUAAAGCAGCGAUCAGUUCCGACAUAACUCUAGCCAAAGAAGAACUGAAGAAAAUUGAUACAGAAAGUUUGAUACAGCAAUAUUUUCAGCACUAA